AUGGCGGAGACGAAGAGGCAAACCCUCGGUCGCCGUCGAACUGAAUGCAAGAUCAUCGAGGACAAAGCCGCGCGCGAGGUGACGUUCUCCAAGCGUCACCGGGGCAUGUUCUGGAAGGCGAGCGAGCUUGCCGUCCUGUGCGGUGCUGAGGUUGCGAUCAUCGCCUACUCGCCCCACGGCAAUCCCUUUGUCUUUGGCCACCCCUCCGCCGAUGCCGUCAUCGACCGUUACAUCUCCGGUGGAGGUGGUGCCCGAGCAAGCGAGGCGGCGACUUCAGCUGCGACCCAAGCCAUUGACAAGCGCAAGAAGCAGUACCAAGACGCGGCGUCGAAGCUCAAAGAGGUGAAGGGAGACGCGGUCGAAGCCGGAGGGAGAAGAGCUGCCGGGAAUCUUUUCGGCGGCAUGUGGUGGGACGGGGAUGUUGAUGAUGGCAUGGGAGUGGAAGAGUUAGAGCAUUAUGUAGCUUCCCUGGAGAAUAUGAUGAAGAAGGUCGCUGAUAAAAUAAAUACCAAAGUUUGUAUCUAA